CCUUGCUUAGAAGUGGCUGGCUACCAUCACAAGCAACUCAGCCAUCUUCAGCGCUCAAUCACUUUUGAUAGCUUCCUUUUCCCCCAAUAGACUACGUUUGGCUUCUGUUACUUUGCAUAUACACACUACCCUCCCAUCAACAAGCUUAAAAAUGGAGUCCUCUUCGCCCGAAAAGACCCCAGUGACGCAUGAAUAUGAUCUGCUGGAUCUACCCACGGAGCUCCAUCUGCACAUCUCCACAUUUCUCACUUAUCCAGAUGCUCUGGCAUUGAAACAUACCUGUCGUCAUUUUUACUCUCUUGUUUACACCGGGGUCCACCUGAAGGUUGAUUGGUUUGUCGAGCGUUUCGAACGGAAACUGGAAUGUCCCAUGGAGAAAUGCUCGUUCCGCACGGACGAAGCAUUCUGCAACAAGAGGAUCAGAGGGAUUAUGGAGCGCCGAAGAAGACAUCUUGAGUGCGCUCAGUUACCUGGUGGCUGCUUGGUCAUAGAAGGUCGGACUUGUCAGAAGGACCUGCUCCCUAUCUGGUUGAAGAAACCAGGUCGUGUGGAGCUGAUGAAGGCUUUGGGAACUGAAGGUCUGUUAGAGUCUACUUGCUUUUCUCGACCAAGAAUGAAUAACCUUUGCACUUUCAAUUUGGUUUAUUACUGAGGCUGAUGAGCUGACCUCCGUGCAGUCUUGAUCCAUGGCCUGAUCUUUCUCUGCAUCAACUUGCUGUGGAAUUUGGGUGCAAGAUUGCUUCGCACCGAGAUUGUGGCGAUAUGACAACAUCGGAUUCACACGUACCAACCUUAUGGCAUGACUUGUUCUGGCGCCUGUCCAGGCAUGCCUGGCUUCGCCUUUCAUCGCGCAUCCCCUGGAUUGGAUAACAUGAUCUCUUUGCCCCAGUAGCAGCUGGCUGCUACUCUGUACGGAUUCUAAUUUGUGCGAUGCACUGGUUUUACGUCCUAAUAUUGA